GCCGCUUGAAUCCCGGGUUACACGUUAACGGGGAAAGUGUUGGAAGCGCGCGACUCACGGCAUUCUUCAGUUCUGGUGGAAUUCCAGGACUAGACCUGGUCUUGGUCCCCAGGGGAUGGAGCGCGUGUGGCGAGCCUGGGAUGGGCAGUCCUUCAAAGAGGAUCAGCCUGAGCCGCCGAGUCCUGAGGGUAUCGUGGUCUCCUGGCUCAGCAGAGCUGAGUGGGAUCAAGUGACGGUUUAUCUGUUCUGUGAUGAUCUGAAAUUGCAGCAAUACGCGCUGAACCGUAUUACAGUGUGGAGGAGCAGGUUAGGCAACGAACUGCCCCUGGCAGUGGCUUCUACUGCUGACCUGAUACGAUGUAAGCUCAUGGAUGUAGCUGGUGGCUUGGGCACUGAUGAACUUAGACUGCUCUAUGGCAUGGCAUUGGUCAGGUUUGUGAAUCUUAUCUCAGAGAGGAAGACCAAAUGUUCUAACCUCCCCCUCAAGUACCUGGCUCAGGAGGUGAACAUUCCAGACUGGAUUGUUGAGCUUCGCCACAAGUUGACCCACAAAAAAAUGCCUCAUAUAAAUGACUGCCGCAGAGGUUGCUACUUUGUCCUGGGUUGGCUCCAGAAGACAUACUGGAGCCGUCAACUGGAGGACAGCCUGAAAGACACGUGGGAGUUGGAAGAGGACCUGAUAGAGAUAGAAGAACAACAAGAAGAGGAAGGUGAAAUUAUUGUUGAUGAUGUAAUGGAAGAGAAUCCAGAGCCUCAGGAUGAUGAUAAAGAUGAUGAGUUGGCUGUCGAGGAUGAUGCAAACGAUAAAGACAAUAAAGAGGCGGCUUCUCAUCCAGAACCAAGUCCAAGACAUAAGGAGUUGUAUGAAAAAGCACGGGAAUUGCUGGUAGCAUAUGAAGAGGAGCAGUUUAAGGUGCUGGAGAAAUAUAGGCAUUUACCUCAAGCUGUUAAGGUGUGGAAUAACCUUUCCCCGUGUGUACAGUGUAUCCUGGAAGAACUCAAGAGCAUUACAUGGGAAAACAGGAAUGCUGUGCUGGAUGCUUUUCUGGAUGACGGCUUCCUCAUUCCCACUUUCGAGCAGUUGGCAGCUUUGCAGAUAGAGUAUGAAGAUGGUCAGACUGAGGUCAAGAAAGGGGAAGUUACUGAACCAAAUUCACACAAAAACAUCGACUUGAAUGACGUCUUGGUGCCAAAGCCAUUCUCUCAGUUCUGGCAGCCCCUGCUCCGGGGCCUGCACUCCCAGACCUUCACACAGGCCCUGCUGGAGAGGAUGUUCUCUGAGAUGUCUACCUUGGGGAACCGUGGGAUUCGACCUACCUACAUCCUUAGAUGGACUGUUGAACUGAUCGUGGCCAACACCAAGACUGGACGGAAUGCUCGGAGGUUUUCUGCAAGCCAGUGGGAAGCAAGAAAGAGCUGGAGGCUGUUCAACUGUUCGGCCUCCCUUGAUUGGCCCCAGGUGGUCGAGUCCUGCUUGGGCUCACCUUGCUGGGCCAGCCCCCAACUCCUUCAGCUAGUCUUCAAAGCCAUGGGGCAGGUCUUGCCAGAUGGGGAGCAGGAGAAGCUGCUGCGUGUCUGUUCCAUCUAUACUCAGAGUGGAGAGAAUGAUGCAGCAAAGACAAGCGCAGCUUCCUCUUCCAUUGGGAAAAAUCCAUACACAUUGGAUACCUUACAUCAGGACCUGAAACAGUCUGGUGCCAACUGUGAGUCUGAAGAAAAUGUUCAACAGAAGGACCAAGGCAGCCUUAAGGAUGCCAAGCAAGGGGAGGAAAAUGAGGACGAGGGGGAGGAGCAGGAGGAGAACGAGGAGGUGCAGGAUGAGGAAGAGGAAGAGGAGGAGCAAAAGGUCUUUCAAGAUAAGAUGGAGGAAGAUGUAGAGGAAAGUGACUUGGAAGGGGAAGAAGAGGAAGUGGAUGAGGAUGAAGAUGAUGAUGACGAAGAUGACGAUGAUGAAGAUGACGAUGACGAUGAAGACAGAAUGGAGUGGGGUCCUUUCUCUUUCAUGAAGGGAGCCUAUGUUUUUGAGAAUACUAGGAUUGCUUCCCGGAAAAGAGAGGCUUUGCAUGGUUCAGCGUGGCAAGUAAGCCCUGAAGAUGUGCGAUGGGGUACAUUCCCUAUAGGCCGAAUACCAGGUCAGACUGACGACCCAGCAGAACUUGUGUUGGAUAAUUAUGACACCAUGUAUCUUUUGGACCAACCUGUACUAGAGCAUCGACUAGAACCCCCAAAGUCCAGGAAUUGGUGGAAAUGAAAGCAACAACAAUAAUAAGGUCACAACAAGAAAACGAAAAUCAGAAAAUCUACAAAGUCUAAGGCCUGAACAGGCACAAGUUUGCUAUGAGGUCAGAAAAUCAGUGAAGGAAUUCAAAUGACAAAGCACCUCUUACAGAAUCCGCUGCUUCUCGAAAACCACACGGAACACUGUGCCUUAACCCCUGCUGUGUACUUGGAGGUAAGUAUCUGGAAGGACACACACUUAGCCCCAUGAAGGGUGCUAAUGAGGUCUCAAUGCUCUUCUUUGAUUGCUUUUUUAUAAUUAUAGACAAAAUGGAAACGUCAAGAAGUGUGCAGAUCUUGGUAUAAAAAAUGUUUCUCUAAUGUAAGAACCACACUGGAUUUAUGCAUUCAUAAUUAUACAGCUCCAUUAAAGAUUCUUACAUAUGGUUUAUUACUAUCAACACUUUAUAAAAAUCCCCUUUAUAAGGACAUAUUAAAUUUAAUAGGCUAAAGAGAAUCACAAUGUUGCAGAUUGUACACACAAUAGUUGUUCAUCUAACAAUAAAGAGGCCUUGAAAACUG